GCCAUGAUUACAUUGGUUAUAGUCUUGUUUUGUGGAAGUGCAGCGCUGGUCGAUGCGGCUUCCGGCCGAUCGCCACACGCUGAUGAUGUUAAAGAACUAUUUCAACCAGAAGUUAGUACGAAGGUAUCCAGCAACAUCUUUAUUGAUGCUAUUUUAGACGUGCCUCUACUGGUCAGAAAGUAUCGAUACCCUAUGGAAGUCCACCACGUAAGAACCUCCGAUGGCUAUAUCCUGGGCAUGCACCGCAUCCCUCACGGACGCGACCGGAACAGUGACGCUGGCGUCGACAGGCCCGUCGUUUUUUUGAUGCAUGGUCUGCUAUCCUCAUCGGCUGAUUGGGUUUUAAUGGGACCUGGUUGUGCAUUUGCUUACAUAUUAGCCGAGGAAGGUUACGAUGUUUGGAUGGGCAAUGCUCGGGGUAAUUACUACUCAAGAAACCACACAAUACUAAACCCAGAUACAGUUCCAAUAUUCUGGAAUUUCUCUUGGGAUGAGAUAGGGAACAUUGACUUACCUGCAAUGAUCAAGUACGUGCUUAUGCAAACCGGGAAAGAAAGACUACACUACGUAGGUCACUCCCAGGGCACCACGGCUUUUUUCGUUAUGGGCUCUUUAGUACCUGAAUAUAACGAAAAAAUCAUUUCGAUGCAUGCGUUGGCUCCAGUCGCAUAUAUGGCACAUAGCGGAAGUCACUUUAUAAAAGCUAUAAGUGAACUAACGAAUCCACUUUACACUCUCGCACGUAUGAUUGGUUUAGGCGAAUUUUUGCCUAAUAACAAAAUGUUGACAUGGGCAGGACAAGCAUUGUGUAGGGACGAAGUCAGGUUCCAACCGAUUUGUAGUAAUAUGUUGUUCCUUAUGGGCGGGUGGAACGAAGAUCAACAUAAUGCGACUAUGGUGCCAGUCAAAUUGGGUCAUACCCCAGCGGGAGCUUCCGUGAAACAAUUCGCACACUACGGUCAAAGUAUGUCAGAAGGGCAGUUCAGGCGCUUCGACUACGGAUCAUUAGGCAACAGAUUAAUUUAUGGCACCUCGAAUACGCCUCGUUACGACCUGUCUAAAGUAACGAGUCCCGUUUUCCUCCACUAUUCCCCGGCCGACGCCCUUGCAGAUGUUAGGGAUGUUGACAGACUGUUCGCGGAACUGGCCCGGCCAGUAGGGAAAUUUAGGAUUCCGAUUCAUUUUGGACAUCUUGAUUUUAUUUGGGGCAUCGACGCUAAUACCUAUGUUUAUGAGAGAGUUAUUAACCUUCUUCGGGCUAUGGAUGUGCAUGGUUAA